AUGAGUACCUCAUCACCUACGAAAUCCCAAACUCUCCCUCCUGUCCACAACCCCAACAGUCCCAAUCCCAAUGCCCCCAUCUUCAGACCGUCACCGGCUAGAGCCACCAGUCUGAGCGGUACCCCAUUCCAAUACAAGACGAGGGCGGCAUCUCAGCCUGCUGGGGAGAGGAUCCCACCGUCUUCGACACCUGGUUCAGGGAGAGGUAGUCCAGGUAUGAACGGUACGAAUGGCGUUGGAGGAGGAGCUUUCGGAGUGAUUGGUGGAUCAAGGACUCCAGGGAGGUUUAGUAAUGCUUUGGCUGGUGGGACGCAGACGAGGGCGAAUAGCUUUUCAGCCGGAGAAGUAAGGGAACCAAGGAAUACAGUACUGAAUAGAACAUUAUCAUCCCACACCGAGGAAUUCUUCCCAUCCCGCUCCCAAUCCACCUCGCCAUUCCCUACGUUUUCACCCAAUUCCACCCCUUCUACCUCUCCCGCCGCUAUCCGCCAACACCCCUUACCGCCCUCUCCGCCCAAGGCAGGAGCCAACUCCUCACGGUCUAGAUCACAAUCCUUAGCUACUGGCGUGCGUCCCACCAACAUUGACAGACCGUGGUUCGGCACAAUGAGUACUUUGGAAAACGUAGGGGCGUUUUCGAAAGUGGAUGUCGGAUGGAAUAUCAGUCCCAACGAAGGAAGUAACAUGUCCCCAUUCUCACGUGGACUGCCAUCACUGGGCAAUAACCCUGCAAAAGAUGAGAUGUAUGGUAAGAAUGGUGUGACCCCUUCAGGAGGAAGGUUCAAAGAUGGUUUCAAACCCUCCGCAGGUCCGCCAUGGGCAGCUUCCCCACCUGAUACUUCAGCAUUAUCAUCGUCAGUACAUAAAGCUCUAGGAGGUGGAUACGGACAAGGGCAACCCUUCACUGGUGGAAUGGGAGGAAAUGCAUAUGGAGAAUCGAAUGGAGGAAAUAGAUCAGGAGCAUCAUCAAGAAGACAUAGUGUAUCUGUCGUAGGUGGACCAGGAGGUAGAAGGGAAUUUGCUUUUGGCGAACCUGGAAUGGGAAUCACCUCUAUGAGUCCACCCUCAAGAGGUUUGUUCGGCUUUGAAAGUGAUUUAGGAAACGCCUUGAGUCUGGAUAUUGACCAAAGCAAGAGGACAAUUAGAGAUGAGGAGGUGAUAAGUUCAGGAUCAUUACCUAAAUUUGGAUUUGGCGAAGCAGGAAUGGGACAUCAGCGUAUAUCGUCCAUCAAUCGACCUAAGAAUGAAGAGAUUUUCCCAUCGUUCGGUUCAACCCCACCUCGAGGUAGAUUGGAGACUUUCGGGAUACCCGGAGAACGAACUACCUCAGGUGAAAGUAACGGUAAUAGCAAGAGAUUUCCUCUGGAGAACGCUGCGGUCGGCUCACCAAUUGCGGGACACGAAAGAAUUGCGAAUGGACAUUCUAAUGGAUUGACGGGAUCACCAGAAGGUACAAAAGAUCUAUCAUUAUCUACGUCAACGAUCAAAUCAUCUACGUCUGUACCUGGACCUGGACCAGGUGCGAUUGGCACACCCGGUGCAGGACCCCAACCACCACCAUCGUUCAUUCCAGGUCAAUCACCGUAUCCUAUCGGUGCUAGACCAUAUGGUAAUCUUCCUCCCCCUCCACCUGGUGGACCCACACCGGGACUGGGACUGAUGAAUAAUGGGUCACCAGGUCAAGGUAUGUUAGGUGGACUAAGUGGAUUUGGUAGACCCCCUCUUCCUCCUCAGGGGUACUAUGGUAUGCCUCCUAACAGACCUCCGCCAGGCGUUCAAGGAUAUAAUGGACCAGGGCCGGGACAUUCGUUACCACCACUCCCGCCACCUGGAUCAGCGUACGUAGGAGGUGGAUCGUACUCGAACCAACCACCUCCUCCAUUCUAUCCUAACAACUCACCACCUCAACCUACCUCUCCAUCAUUCUCUACUUUAUCAUUGUCUGAUUUGGGUAAAGGGAUUCCACUGGGUUCACUGGCAAUAACGACACCACUUUACAUAGUUACUUUCAAAGCUGGUCGAAGGGAUAUCUAUUAUUGUCCUGAUCCUACAUUGUUAAUUUCGAAUGGGGACAAAGUAAUUGUCGAAGCUGAUAGAGGAAGUGAUCUCGGUACGGUCAUAUAUGAUCAACUUACACCGAACGAUAUCAGAGACUGGCAAGAAAGACAAGCUACUGCAGCGUUACUGUCUGGUGCAAGUCAACAUCAACCUCCUGGUCUGGCUGUAUCUGGUCAAUUACCACAGCAACAGCAAGUACAACAACAAAAGCGAUUGUCCGGUGAAUUUGGUGUACCUCCUGAACUUUCUAAUAUGGAUUUAGAUGGGUUGUUAAGUGGUUGUGGACCGUCGGGACAACCUGAUUUAGCGGGAAGUACGAUUGUGAGAGGACCGUUGGCUAAGGAGUUGACACCCAAGAGGAUAUUCGCGAAGAGCAGUCAAGGGAUUGAAGAGCAGAAUCGUAUGAGAGAAAAGUUGAAUGACGAGUAUGAAGCGAUGAUGAUUUGUCGUGAGAAGGUCAUGCAGAGAGGAUUACCUAUGCAAAUUGUCGAUGCGGAAUAUCAAUGGGAUCGACGAAAACUCACUUUCUACUUCAAAGCCGAUAAGAGAGUCGAUUUUCGAGACUUGACAAAAGAGAAUUUCAGGAUUUUCAAGUCAAGGAUCUGGAUGUCUAUGGUUCCUAAAGAUGAUCCGAGGGGAUAG